CGCGGGGCGGUGACAUCAUUCGGCGGGGAGGAGCGCACGGCUCCGGACCAGGCUCAGCCGGGGCUCCUCCGCGGCUGCGGCCAUGACGCAGGGUCCGGGUGGCCGCGCGGCCCCGGAGCCCGAGGCGCCCACCACCUUCUGCGCACUGCUGCCGCGGAUGCCGCAGUGGAAGUUCGCGGCACCGGGUAGCUUCCUGGGCCGCGGUCCCGCGGCGGCGCGCGUGGCGGGGGCGGCAGAGGCGCAGCCGGAGACCGGGGUCCCCGCGCUGGCGGCUGUGCUGGGCGCCUGCGAACCGCGCUGCGCCGCGCCCUGUCCGCUACCCGCGCUCGGCCGCUGCCGGGGCUCGGGGACGCGGGGCGCGCGGGUGACUCCGGAUGUCGCCGACGAGUGGGUGCGCAAGGGCGGCUUCAUUCACAAGCCGGCGCACGGCUGGCUGCACCCGGAUGCCAGGGUCCUGGGGCCCGGGGUCUCUUACAUCGUUCGGUACAUGGGCUGCAUUGAGGUGCUCCGAUCCAUGCGCUCCCUGGAUUUCAACACCCGAACACAGGUGACAAGGGAAGCUAUCAAUCGGCUCCAUGAGGCUGUGCCAGGUGUCCGAGGCUCCUGGAAGAAGAAGGCCCCAAACAAGGCGCUGGCCUCCAUCUUGGGGAAAAGCAACCUACGCUUCGCCGGCAUGAGCAUCUCAGUCAACAUCUCCGUGGACGGCCUUAACUUGUCUGUUCCCGCUACCCGCCAGGUGGGAGCUGCUGCCCUCCACCCUGCACACCACCCUGCCUCAGCUCUGAUCAUCGCCAACCAUCAUAUGCAGUCUAUUUCCUUCGCCUCGGGUGGUGACACGGACAUGACUGAUUAUGUGGCCUAUGUGGCCAAGGACCCCAUCAACCAGAGAGCCUGCCACAUCUUGGAAUGCUGUGAGGGUCUUGCCCAGAGUGUCAUCAGCACUGUAGGGCAAGCCUUUGAGCUACGCUUCAAGCAAUACCUGCACAGUCCGCCCAAGGCCGUAGUGCCCCCCGAAAGGCUGACUGGGUUGGAGGAGUCAGCCUGGGGCGAUGACGAGGCUGCUGCAGACCACAAUUACUACAACAGCAUUCCAGGAAAGGAGCCACCCCUGGGCGGGCUGGUGGACUCCAGACUGGCUGUCACACAGCCCUGUGCGCUGGCGACACUUGGGGGCCUUGGACAGGGAAUGUCACCUGCCUGGAGAGAUGCCCGUGGCUUGCCUUGGGACAUGGGCCCCUUUGGAGCAGUCCCGCCUGGGGAUGGCUAUGUGCAGGCAGAUGCUCGAGGGCCACACGACUAUGAGGAGCACCUGUAUGUCAACACCCAGGGCCUGGACGCUGUGGAGCUCGAGGACACCACUGAGGCACCUCUACAGCUUGAGGACAGCCCCAAGAAGGACCUGUUUGAUAUGCGACCGUUUGAAGAUGCCCUGAAGUUGCACGAGUGCUCAGUGGCAGCAGGCAUCACUGCGGCCCCACUCCCUUUGGAGGACCAGUGGCCCAGCCCCCCUACCCGCAGGGCCCCCAUUGCACCCACAGAGGAGCAGCUGAGACAGGAACCCUGGUACCAUGGACGAAUGAGCCGCCGGGCUGCAGAGAAGCUGCUUCGUGCUGAUGGCGACUUCCUUGUGAGAGACAGCAUCACCAACCCGGGGCAGUAUGUCCUCACAGGCAUGCACGCGGGGCAGCCCAAGCACCUGCUGCUGGUGGACCCCGAGGGUGUGGUGCGGACAAAAGAUGUGUUGUUUGAGAGCAUCAGCCACCUCAUAGACUACCACCUGAAGAAUGGGCUGCCCAUCGUGGCAGCUGAGAGUGAGCUGCAUUUGCGGGGAGUGGUCUCUCGGGAGCCAUGAGCCAGGUGACAGUCCUCAGCCCAAUUUCUGCUCCCAGAUGCCCUUGCUGUGGCCUUGAGGGCUCUCAGCCUUUCUCUCAGACCCUGAAGCCACAAGAACCAGAAUGGUGACCACCUCUCCUUCCACACGAGCCUCAGGAAGCCGCCUUUUCCCAGCUGUGCUCGCUUGGCUGGCUGGGCCAGUAAGACAGACUCAAGGUCAAGCCCCUGGUCCUGCUUGAGCCCCAACCCUGAACCCGGGUGAGGCUGUGUAAACCAAAGACAGACCGAGUCGCCUUUAAUGAAGACAUCCAAAUGCAGGCUCCGUGCCUCUGGUCCCAGUGGGAGUAGAGACAGCUCUGUGUGGGCAGGUGUAACGUCCUGCCCUAGCUGGGCUCUGAGGACCUAGAUGCACUGUUGUUUUUGGGGGUGAUUAAGGUGCUUUAGGGUCUCAGAUCCCUGGUGGGGGAGCAGCCUGGGGGCUCGCCUGGCAUGUAAGGCAUCCAGGUGAGUAAGAGGCGGAGGAGCCUUAGUGAGGUGUGGUAUCCGCUCAGCACUUCCCACCUGCCACCUGCCUGGACCUUCAACUGUAAUUAAACACAGGGUUGAGCGUGAGCCUGCUGUGCCCGCUGUGCCCGCUGUGCCCGCUGUGCCUGCUGGGGAUUCCCAGGUAGACAACCGAGGCUGAGGGGAAGCUGUGUGGAGCCCUGGAGCAGACAGGGGGCCUGUGGGGUCUAACUUCCCCUGUACCCCACUCCUGUAUCCCAACAGUGAACAAGCCUCUGGUUUUACUCCAAGAUAAAUCAGCCUCUCUCCCUGUUUGGUGUUUCCCCAGUCCCUUCUUGGAAAUACUGUGGCUUACCUCCUAGGGGCCCCACCUGGGAUUCCUGCACACAGGGACCCCUGGGGAGGACUAGGCUCCUCUGUGUGGUCUGGACCCGCCAGGGACAGCAUGGGAGUAAGAGCUUCCUUCUGCCUCAAACACGAGAUACUAUUAAAGUCAAAGUUACAGGGUCACUUUGAUGCUCUCUUCUUCCAAAGACGGAAAGGCUCAGAGUCCCAUCCCCACCCCUGCCGUCCCAUCCCCCACUGAAGUGGAAACUUACACGGUUUCUUUACAAAGUCAGUUGUGUUGGAUGGCGUUUUGUUGGGGCAGAUGCGUAAAAGGAGUGUUUUCCUGAAGCAGACACAGGCAAAAGGAUGUUUUGCUAAGGCAGACGUGAAGGAACGUUUCUGUUGAAGUGGACACAGGUGAAAGGGCGCUUUGCUUAAGGCGGACACAUAAAGAAAUGUUUCGCUGAAGCAGACACAGAUACAAAAUGUUUUGUUAAAGCAAACACGUAAAAGGACGUACGAUGUUAAAAAGGACCCAUCAGAUGGUGGAUGACACUACAUGAUAUUGGUAUACUUUGUCAUUCUUUAAUGGUCAUUGUUUGUCAUGACUUUAUAAGAAAAAAACACACUAAAAACC